UGCACCUCACCCCACCAGGUAAGCACAGAGGGAUAGAAGGACAUCCAGCAUGCAUGACACAUCACCCACAACAAGCCUCCUCCUCCUCCAUCCAGCCUUUUUCCCAAUUCUUGGCGUGGCGGAGCGUGGUGGUAGACUAAGUGUAUGCUUUGGCCUCGCCUCGCAUGUGCAAGAUCGGGGGAACAAGGAGGCGCAAGCGGGCGGGUCUUGGCGGGCGCGUUUCCUUCCACUCGCACCGCCAAAAGAGAGAGAGAGAGGCACCAUGGCGCACUAAGCAUCGACUCCUGGCGGGGGGCCAGUGGAGAAGGAGGUGGACUUCGCUCGUCAUUGCUCCUCAUAUCCAAAUCGGUGACCUCUGCCUGGCCCCAUGGAGUGCAACAGGAGCGGGCCCAGCUCACUCAACGUCAGCAGCAGGACCGACCCGCAAAGGCGAGAAGUGUAGGCUUUGCGAGGCGAGGCAGACGCGCGUGGGGUCAGAGUCACGCAGGCCUGCGCGUCUCAACGCUGUCCUUCCCACUCACCCGCGACCGCCUUGGACUAGCUCUGACCCUCCUAAUCCUUGCCAGGGCACAAAAGUGCUACAGACUAAUCUAGCAAUCCACGACAAGUAGCUCAAAUCGGGCAAAGGCGGGGGGCAAUGCAAAGAUGAGAUUGCAACCCCACUGGUAGUGGGGGUGGGGGUCAGGGUUGAGGGGAAUACAAGCCAGGGAAGAACACGGGAGAGAGAGAUAUCAAAGGCGCGCUGAGCGGGCGGGUAGGUGAUAGGUAGGGUCCAAGAUGAAGAAGCGGCGAGGAGGAAAAAUGUGGGUGCGGGGGCGGGUGCGCAAAGAAUGGACAAGGGUGAAAAGGGGAGAUAGUAAUGGGGGGGCGAAAAGGCUAAGAAGAAACACGGGUAGGAAGGGGAAAAGGGAGGAGUCUUGUAGCAUAUAGAUAGAGACCGUGAACUGUGAAACCAGGAGAGGGCAAAAAAGAACAAGGAAAACUUCUUGACGGCUGGAAGACGAAACGAACAAGUACGCCCUAGUCUUUGUGUGCGUGUCGUCCGAAGGCCAAGUGGAA